UCAACCCCUCCUUGAUCGACACACACACAGUGAUUCUGGGCCAGUCUCCGUCCCUUGGAGAGGCACCUAGCCGUGAGAGAGAGCAGGAAAAGAGACAGAGGAGUAUUUAUAGAAGAAAAUGGGGCCUCACAAUACCCUUUUUAGAGAGAGGUUUUAUUAAGGAACAGAGUGGAGCGAGAGCGUCCCAGUUUUAUGAUUAACACUGUGUAAACGGGCUGGAGGACUGCAAGGGCACACUCUGGGAGGAGAUUCUGGAGCAACUCUGUGACAAGUCUUCACCGGUGUUUCAUGCACUGUCACCCCUUUCUCGUGUUGAGGUGGCAAUGUGGAUGACUCUGAAGAUAGGGUAUUUUGAAUUGGCAACCCAUCUUGUUGAAAUGGGGGCUGUUGUUGUGGUCCGAGGGGCUUUUUUACUCUGGUGAAACAGUUAGGAAGCCAGGUUGGAUAUUAGCUCACAGGCAGGCCACCUGCAGUUUGAUCAAGUCUGAUACAAGAUGAAGAAAUUUCUGCAGAACAAGAAAGGCAGAUACUCUUUCAGGAACCAGAACAAGCCUGCCGUCCCUCGCUAUCCAUCUAAAGAUGACUUCAUUGCGAUGCCGACGUCCAAUCAGGGCUGGCCAGAGGAGUUUGGCUUCCAGCUGGGAGGAAGUGGUCCCAGCUACAUCCUGUCUGUGGAGGAGGGGAGCAGUGCCUACCUGGCGGGGCUGCAGCCAGGUGAUCAGGUGCUGGAGAUCGAGGGCCAGAAUGUGUGCACUUUGGGAUUCCAGGCCGUUAUCGCCAUCGCUCAGACCCAGAGGAACAUCCCUCCCAGCAUCGGAGUGGUGUCUCGCAUCCAGCAGAUGGACAUCACCCCGGGUCCUGACGGUCGUUUCGGCUUCACCAUUGUGGGAGACUGCCCCCUUCUGGUGGAGGACUGUUCCCCCUGCUCUCCGGCAGGACGGGGUGGCCUGCGGGCCGGCGACUACGUCAUGGAGGUCAAUGGGAUCCCGGUGAGGCAGCACGAGAUGGCGGCGGCGCUGAUCAAGGCAUCCCAGGGGCGUACUCUGAGGCUGGGGGUGCUGUGUCUGGGGCCCAGACGGAAAGUACGCAGCAGUGAGAAUAUGGAUGAGAUACAGCCUGAGGGAGACGGGAUGAGGACGGACCGCAAACACAAGGCCCUGGAGUUCAACAGGAAGAUUGACCAGAUUUUGGGGGAGGAGCCUGAGGUGAAGGAGAAGCUGUUUGCGGUGCUGAAGCAGUACGCUGCGGAGAAGAAGGUUGAUUGGCUGGCCUCUGUCCUCCCAGACAUCCUCACCACUGACGAGCAGCAGACGCUCAUCGGCCACAUCAGGAUCUUCAUCCCCAAGAAGCACCGGCAGCGGUUUGACGAGGCCGUUUCCCAGAGCCUGAUCCAGAGGAUCUGUCGCAGUAAGAGCAUCAGCGUGCCGGGCCAGCAGGGCCGUCUGAGACGUAGCCGCAGCGAGGACCACCCCGACCGCCACCACGGCUCCAAACGGGCCAGCUCAGUACCCCGGGACCCCGGGGAGGACGGAGGGGGAAAGGAGAGAGGAGAGAGGGGGUACAGGAAGUCUAUGUCGGGCAUACCUGUGCAUCAAUCAGGAGCCAAUCAGAGCCUCCGUGCUCCCCCCAGGACAGUAAGGGUUUACAGAGGGAAGAAGAGUUUUGGGUUCACCCUGAGGGGCCAUGCCCCUGUCUGUAUCGAUUCUGUCAUCCCAGACAGCCCUGCUGAAGACUGUGGUCUCAAACCAGGCGACCGCAUCCUUUUCCUCAAUGGGCUGGACAUGAGGAACUGUUCCCAUGAGAAGGUGGUGUCCAUGCUGCAGGGCAGUGGGGCCAUUCCCACCCUGGUGGUGGAAAGCGGCCCCUCUGGUUACUCCCUCUCUGACCAGGGGGACCAGGAGGACACUUCCCCAGGCCUGUCCCCUUCCGUGGCCCCAAGGUCCCGCUCCCCGGUCCCCCUCAGCUCCCUGCAGUGGGUGGCUGAGAUCCUCCCCCCCAGCAUCAAGGUCCACGGACGCACCUUUAGCCAGCAGCUGGAUCACCUGCUCACCGUACAGGAGAGAUACACCAUCUGCAAGGCCCUGGAGACCUUCUUCCAACACAGGAACGUGGACACCCUGAUUGUUGAUGUGUUCCCGGUGUUGGACACUCCAGCCAAACAGGUGAUCUGGCAGUUCAUCUACCAGCUGCUGACCUACGAGGAGCAGGAACACUGUCAGAGCAAGAUCUCACGCUUCCUGGGCUUCAAGACCGCAGCAGCAGAGCCUGAGCCAGAGCCAGGUGCAGGACAGGAGCACCACAGGAGGAGCAGCUCAGUGCGUGUGUCAGGUACCUCCUACAGAGGCCCCGUACGGGAGAGGAGCUCUGACGACUGCAUCAUCGGAACACACCUGGGAAUGGGGAUUCAUGUGGAUGCACCAGGGAGUGGGAUUGGGACACCUGGAGAGAGACAGUGUGGAGACGGCACCUCCUUCCCAGAGUCCCCUGACCUGAAUCACAUGGCAGGAGUGUACACAGAGCUGGAGAGUGUGUACACAGGGAAGAGUGCCAUGAAGGCCAUGCAACAGAGUCACAGUCGUUGCUCUCCACUGACCCUACCAGACUUUCAGGAGCUGGGACAGACUGACGCCUAUGGCCAGUCUCCUGCUCGCUCCUCCCUCAGUCAAGGUAGCACAGGGAACCGUAAAUCAGGUCUGUCUCUGACAUGGAAGGAGCCUCUGCCUGACCCUCUGUAUGAGUUCUAUCAUGAGGGAACCAUCCCGUCUCCCGGCAGCGCUGACUCCAACCCUUACGUGAGCCUGGAGAGCCCCCCUCCGUCUCCCCAGCACUCUGACGACCCCACCAGCCCCCUGUCCAGACGCAGGAAGCUCUUUACCUUCUCCAGACCGCCCCGGAGCAGGGACACAGACAGGUUCCUGGACGCUCUGAGUGAACAGCUGGGACACCGUGUCACUCUGGUGGACAACUUCCUCCCUGGAGAGAACGACUAUGAGGAGAUGAGUUUCCAGGAUGAGCAGGAAGUGAGCUACCUCCCCCGCCAGCUGAGCAGUGCCAGCAGUGAGGACCUCAGCAGCAACGAUGACGCCACCUCCCUCACCUACUCCUCCGGCUCCGAACACAUCCCCAUCCCCCCGCCCCCCCAGAGCGCCCCGCCGCCUCCGCCCUUCCCCACCCCCCUACCUCCGCCACCAUUCGGCUUCUCCGACCCCCUCCCCAUUACCCCGGUCCUCUCUCACUUUUCCCCCGAACAUAUCCCCCGGGCGCGCAUGGCCUUCCAGCCGCAGCACCCAAUCAUCCCCCCUCCCCCGCCCGCUCCACGGGCCUUCACGUACAACAGACCGACCAUACACAAGGUGCUGCCGACCAAGGAUGAGCUACAGGGCCGUUUCCACCACCAAGCGACCCAGAUGACUCUCCCACUGGCCCCUUGCUACUCUCCCCAGCCCUCUCGCCCCAGGAACCUGCCCCGCCAGACCAGCCAGCCUCAGCCCCUGACCCAGCCCAUCCUGUGUCCCCAGCCCUCCCCUCAGCUCAACAGGCAAAGCCAGCUCGCCCUCCAGAGGCACCACCAGCUUCACCACCAACCCUACCAGCCCCAGCUGAGCCACAGCCUGCCCCCCCAGGCCCCUCACCUGUCCCAGCCCCAGAGUUACCCUCCCCAGCCCCCUCACUCACAGACCUACGAGACCCCCAUCUCAGUGUCAGAACUCCAGAAACACAAGGUGCCCCCACCGCCCCCUCCACCACUGCCGCCCCCCUGCGACCCGCCUCCACUGCCCAAUUCCAGUCCCUGUGCUGGGGACACCAACCACAUGAGUGUCAAGAGGCUACGCUGGGAGCAGGUGGAGAACUCUGAGGGGACCAUCUGGGGACAGCUUGGAGAGGACCCUGACUAUGACAAGCUGAGUGACAUGGUGAAGUAUCUCGAUCUAGAGCUGCACUUUGGUACCCAACAGAGUUCCAAGCCAGUCUUCCUGCCCGAGAGCUUUAAAAAGAAAGACGUGGUAGAGAUUCUGUCUUAUAAGAAGGCCUACAACGCCUCCAUCCUGAUCGCCCACCUGAAGCUGUCUCCAGGUGAGCUGCGCAAGGUACUGAUGACAAUGACCACAGACAGGCUAGAGCCAGCCCACAUCAAGCAGCUGCUGCUCUACGCCCCCGAUGACCAGGAGGUCAAACAGUACCAACGCUUCGACCAGGACUCCGCCAAACUUAGCGACCCUGACCAGUUUGUCCUGCAGAUGCUGAUGGUCCCUGAGUAUAAGACUCGUCUGCGGAGCCUCCAUUUUAAGACGACCCUGCAGGAGAAGACAGAGGAGAUGAAGGCUGGAUACGAAUGUAUCUACAAGGCCUCAGUGGAACUCAGGAGCAGCAAGAAACUGGCCAAGAUCCUCGAGUUUGUGCUGGCAAUGGGGAAUUACCUGAAUAAUGGUCAACCCAAGACAAACAAAACCACUGGCUUUAAGAUAAACUUUCUCACUGAGCUCAGCACCACUAAAACAGUGGAUGGUAAAUCCACCUUCCUCCACAUUCUUGCCAAAUCGCUAUGCCAACACUUCCCGGAACUGCUGAACUUUGCCAGGGACCUUACAACCGUGCCACUCGCAGCCAAAGUGAAUCAGCGAGUCCUGACAGCUGAGCUGGGUGACCUCCACUCCACCAUCCAGGACAUCAGGACAGCCUGUCAGAUGAUCCCUGCCACGGCUGAGGACCACUUCGCUGCCGUCAUGAGUGGCUUCCUGGAGAACAGUCACCCAGCGGUUCAGUCUCUGGACUCUCUGCAGCUGAGAGCCAUGGACGAGUUCACUAAGGUGGCCUCUUACUUCGGCGAGGACAGCAAGGCCACCUCCACAGAGGCCUUUUUCGCAAUUUUCGCUGAGUUUACUUCCAAGUUUGAGAGAGCACUGAAUGAGACCCAGGCCACAGAGAACCCCUGCAGCCCCAGAGUGGCCUCUCCCCUGGCCUGGUAGAGACGAGAGACUGGAUUACCCCUCUGCUCUCCUCAACCAAAGUGCCAAGACAACACAAAGAAACAGUUACAGCUACUGGGACACAAACAACAUGAUCUUCAACACUGCGGAAUGACCUAUGGCCAGGAGUUCAUCCUGACCAUGUGAUCUGACCAGAAAGAACACUGAGCCCUAGGGCCCACAGUUGUCCCUGGUAAGGUCAAGUGGCACAAUAAAUUAGUAAUGAAGAUUAAUAUGUUUAGAUAAUAGGAGUAUAUAUUUGAUAUUGGAUUAUAUGAAAUUUAAAUUAUAUUGAAAUUGUAAAGCAUAGAUGUAUAUGAAAAAGACCAUGACAUUUUAGAUGGCAUAUAGUCAAACGUAUAUGAAUGUUAUCUAGAGCUGAGCACUCUAUUCUACAGAUGGACUUGAUCUGCAGUGCACAACAGAAACUCAUAUGCCAUUAACACAUACUCACUGCCUCUUAGAUUAUGUGAUGAUAGAAUGCAGUAUUAACCUACCAAAACAAAAAAUAAUGCCACACUCCUGAGGGUUUUAAGUGUUUUACAGUAUGAUGUAACCACAUGAAAUAAGAGGGUUAACCCACUGGGGCUAAUAUAUGAAUAGCUGCUAACGGAAAGACAUCAAUUCAUUUUAGCAUUGAGUGGUCUAGGCGGCUCUUUCUGUCACUGUGGUUGUUACUGAUGAACCGUCCAUCUCACUGCCAUAACUGCACCUGUAUUUUUAUCUUGUUUUAGAACAAAUGUUCACUGUUUUCUGAUGUUCAUUUAAAGCUGUUUUGAUGGUAUUUCUUUAGUACUGUACGUGUUUCUACUUUCCCUCCAUAAUUCCUUUUUACAUUGGAAUUUCAGUCAGAGCUGCCAUCCAAUGAAAAUACAGAUGUAUUUAUUUACAGACCUAUUGUACCAGGCUUGCAAUUUGUCAUCAUGUUCAAACAGACACUGCUACACAUUUAAAUCUUGCCACUAGUGCAGUACAGUGUUGACAACUGUCCAAAGCAUUUGCAUGUUGAUAUAGGUGUUGUUUUGUGUUAUACAAUUAUUUUAUCUGGAUUUGUUUACUUUUAUUCUAUUCUGACAAGUUGGGUCUGAAAUGUAGGCCUAUUAUAACAUUUGGUCGAUUUAAAGUUUAUUGUUCAUUUAUUUAAAUGUUUAUUUUGUAAAUGUGUGUUUUAUAUGUUUUCAUUGAUAUUAUUGGAGUACUUUGUAUAGUAAAAAAAAUAUUGACUUUUUAUGUUGGCCAUAUGGUUGCUUCUGGAUCAGUUGUAUUUCUUUUGGAUCUGUAAAAAGACAUGAAUGCUUGACAAAUAAAACUGCUUGAUACCCUC